AGAAACUGUCGUUAAUAACCAAAGGUUGAUGCGACGUUAAAUAUGUAAUAAAAAAAAAAAAAAGAACUACAACCAAUUUUAUAUCGACGGUAUAAUGACUUUGCAAGAACUCUAGAAAACGAUCACAAAAACAGCGGAUGAUUGCAUCUUUCCGUAACAUUUGAGCGUAUCCUUUCCAUAUUAAUUUGAAUAGCAGAAUAAUAAGUGGUGCAAACUUGUAUGAUGACCUGAUAAACAAAUAAAAAAUGUGUUCUACUCCAGAGAAAAUUUGGGGUAGAAAUUCAGGACCGUAUUUAUGAAUACAUGUUCCGGUUUCUGUACUGCGUAUUACUCAGGUAGUGGCUCACGCACAAUCCCCAGUGUCCUCUUCAGAGUUCUUUCAUACAGGCACACGAUUGGGGCACUCAGUCCUUACCACGGAGACCUGGCACUGUGCGACUCAUGUGCCUGCUGCGUCGCUAGUAGUCACCCUUAACUCACCAGGCACAGAUCACAUGCAGAAACAAGCGAAAAUUUUUGACGUAAAAGCGUUUAUCGAAGAAGUCAGGAAACGUCUUCCCAUUUGGGACUCGACUAACGUGAACAACUCUGACCCGAGAAAGAAGAAACGAUGCUGGGAGGAAAUACAUUUAGUAGUCCAUCCAAACUACAAAGACAUGUCUCGCCAAGAAAAAGCUAGAGUUGCUCACGAUAUACGUAAAAGGUGGAAGAACAUUCAACAGAAUUACAAACGAGAAAUGGACAGGAAAAGGUUGAUUGAUUAUGACCCAAACCGGUCUGGGACACCCUAUCUCGACAGUUUAUCGUUUCUGGAACCAAUAAUUUUGAAUCAAAAGACGAAUUCGGAAGGAAAUGAUGAUGUGGAAGGAGAGGAGUUCCAAAGUGAACCAGAAGAUGCCCAAGUAUUACCUGAUUCUUCCCAACCAGUGUCUUCUAAAUGUGGAGGUAGCAAAAGAAGAGCUAUUGAGAAGGAAACAAAAUCCGAACCAUCACAAACAGGAUUUGUUUGUAAGGGAAUCAAAAGAAAAGCUACCGAGCUUAAUCUCUUACAAGAAGAAGAAAUUCUACCUGAGUCAUCUCAAUCAGACUCUUUAGAAUCUAGAGAAACCAACGGUAAGGCUACCAAGUCUAAUCAUCUUGAAAAGGAGGAAACUGUGUUUAAACCAUCUCAAUCAGGAUCUUCAGAAUCUAGUAGAACCAACAGUAAGGCUACCAAGCCUAGUCACCUUGAAAAGGAAGAAACUGUGUUCAAACCAUCUCAAUCAGGAUCUUCAGAAUCUAGAAGAACCAAUAGUGAGACUACCGAGCCAAACCGCGUAGAAACGGAGCAAACGUUGCCAAACCCACCUCAACCAGGGUCUUUCGAGUCUGGAGGACCUACAAGAGAAUCUCCCAAGGGAGACUGCAUAGAAGAACUUACACGAGCUGUGAUCCAAAGUCUUUUGCAAAGACGUGCUCCAGAAGUGGACGACGACGACGACAAACAUUUCCUGUUGUCCCUUUUAAACGCAACGAGAGCUGUUCCGAAUCACCUGAAGUUAACGAUGAGGACAGAAAUGAUGCAAGUUGUCGCAAAAUAUCGCGACAUGGGUGCACAUGUCUCUUUGAAAUCCAAACAUCCUCCAGCCUAAUCAUUUAGCCCGAUGCAAUUCAUAAUUAAGUAAUCACUGUUAUCUUAGGCCGAUCGCACACGGCGCAACCGAUAUGAAAUUAGUGUUACACACCGUUUGCGCUUGUUGUUUUACCUACUAAAGAAUUGGAUCCACGGUCGCAUGCAACUAGUUUCAGAGUGGUUUGAAAUUAAUCGGUUGCGCCGCGUGCGAUAGGCCUUAAUCAUCAAAUUAUUGUACGAUUGCUAUAUGA